GAAUAGAAUCAAGCCAUACAAAAUUUGCAAUUGAAAUUUUGACACACCGAUUACCCGAAAUAUAAUUCUUUUCAAAAGAAAUUGUGGGUGCGAAAAAUUGAAGGCAAAGAGAACGGUCAGAACUCAGAACCAUCCACGAGAAGAAAACUCCAUUCUUUUCUAUGGUCAACUGAAAACUGAAGCUUCUUUCGUUUGCAUAUCUUUCAACUAAAUCGUAAACCCUAACCCACAUUUCUUUUCAUUUUACUCAGAAAAUCAUUCAGUUAUGGCAUUUAUAGCAACAAUUCGAUUAUCCCCUGUAAAAUUCCCAACUCAAUUUCAACUACUUUCACUCGAAUCGCCUCAACCCACUCUAUCCACAAAAUCCAUAAAAUUUAAGCAGCUCAGAGUCAAUGCUUCAGCCUCGAUUGGUUCUUCCAAUGUCCCUGUUGCUGAUAAACUCUCCACUCUAAAAAAGAAUGAUUAUUGGCAAUGGAAGUUCAGUGACAAAUCAAUCAAAAUUUAUUAUGAGGAACAUGAAAAAGAGGGUUCUGAGCCUAGUAAAAAUAUGCUAAUGAUACCCACAAUUUCUGAUGUUAGCACAAUGGAAGAAUGGAAUUUGGUGGUUUCGGAAAUUUUGCAACAGGAUGGUAGUGAAAAUUUGAGGGCUACACUUGUUGAUUGGCCUGGUCUAGGCAACUCAGACCGGCCCAAGUUGGAUUAUACUGCAGAUGUCAUGGAGAAGUUCCUAUCAGACCUGAUUAAUUCUCCUGGGAGUCCUGUGUGUAGAUCAGGCAACGAUUUGGUGGUUGUUGGUGGUGGACAUGCUGCCACUAUGGCAGUCCUAGCAGCUAAGAAGGGUUUAAUGAAACCAGCAGCCAUCAUAGCUGUAGCUCCAACCUGGGCUGGUCCUCUUCCAAUAGUCUUCGGACGUGAUUCCAACAUGGAGUCCAGGUAUGGGCUUCUACGGGGAACUUUGAGGGCCCCAGCUUUGGGUUGGAUGAUGUACAAUGUUCUUGUCAGCAACGAAAAUGCGAUUCAAUCCCAGUACAAGUCGCAUGUUUAUGCAGAUCCUGCAAAUGUUACCCCAGAAAUUGUGCAGAGCAGAUAUGCAUUGACAAAGAAGGAAGGAGCUCGAUAUGUACCUGCUGCUUUCUUGACAGGUCUCUUAGAUCCUGUCAAAUCUCGAGAGGAGUUUCUUGAUAUAUUUGCAUCAAUGGAGGGAAACAUUCCUGUUCUAGUAGUUUCAGCUUCCGGUGCUCCAAAAAGGUCAAAGGCUGAGAUGGAAGCUCUUCGAGGUGCUAAAGGGGUGUCCAAGUUUGUUGAAGUACCGGGCGCUCUUUUGCCUCAAGAAGAGUACCCCAAGGCUGUUGCUGAGGAAAUUCAGAGAUUCUUGCUAGAGAUUUAAGCAGGGUUUAGAAGAGGUCUUUGUUACCUUUUCAUCCCUUUCGGGUUUUUCCUACCCUAAAUAUUAUGUCAUUGUUUCAUGUAUAAGUGUAUAACAAUUUAAGAGUAUGUAUUCUUAUAGAAAAAACAAUGUAAAGAGUAUACAAAAAAUCUGUUCAGAAGUGGAAAUUUGUUAUGCAGGAAAGUUUGUUUGUGUAAUAAUUCUUCGUCUGGAAUAA